UAACUUGCAAAAAAGAAGUUGACUCAAGAGUGUGAUACAUAUAAAGUUUGGCCAGUUGAAUCUGCAGUCAUGAAAAAGGAAGCACUGUGGGUGUUUGUGGUGGUUUGGGGUGUCGCAUGUUUUUGUGGCUCUCAUGGAUGUCAGGAGCAAGAAAGGGUUGCCCUCUUAGUGCUCAAUACCACAUUGGACCUGACAUAUAGCGAGUACACAGGGGGAUCAUAUUUCAACUGUUGCAGCUGGAGAUAUGUUGAGUGCAACCCCGCCACAGGACGAGUCACUAAGCUAAUGCUCUCUCAUUUGAGAUAUUACCGUUUCGGCUCCAAAACUUGGUACCUAAACGCUUCUCUCCUUCUUCCCUUUGAAGAACUCAAGAGCCUUGACUUGUCCUCCAACAAUAUAGGAGGGUGGAUUGCACCAAAAGAACCAAACCUGCUAUCUUCAAAGCUGAGCAAACUAGAGGUGCUUGACUUGAGUGAUAACUCUCUGGAUAAUUCUAUUCUAUCCGUUCUCGGUACAAUUCCAUCUCUCCGGCGUUUGCUCCUCAUAAGCAACAAUUUGAGUGGGACUUUACAUCUGCAUGGUGAUUUUAGUAAUUUAAAGGAGCUGGACAUAAGUUAUAAUGCAAUUGAUGUAGCGGCAACUGCUAAAGGCAUCAAAAACUUGAGCCACUUAGAGAACCUCCACCUAGAUGGUGUCCACUUGAAGCAUGCGGGGACCGUCGUGCGAGCAUUAGGGGCACUAUCAUCUCUCAGGAUCCUUUCUCUCCAGUCCAAUACAAUAGAAGGAUCAAUUACUACUCAAGAUUUCCAUAACUUCAGUAAGUUGGAACAGCUCAUCUUGGAUGAUUCUUUGCUGAACACAAGUAUGGGAAUCCUUUCUAGCCUUGGUCCUUUGACGUCUCUUAGAUUGUUGUCCUCAUCCUACACCAGUCUAAGUGGCAACCUAUCAAAUCAGAGCUUGUGUAACUUGGUAAAACUAGAAGAGCUGGAUCUUAGUAUUAACGGAAUUACUGGUGGGCUUCCUACAUGCUGGCGAAACAUGACCUCUAUUCGUAUUAUGGAUCUCGGACAUAAUGAAUUCACAGAUAAUGUUGCCUCAUCUCCCCUCACAAGUCUUACCUCACUCGAAUUUCUUUCCAUUUCGGGUAAUCAUUUUGAUAUCCCCUCAUCACUCAGCCCACUUGCAAACCAUUCAAGACUUAAGGUGCUGUUUCUUCAUGACACCAAACUAACAAUUGAUACCAAGAUUGCAUCUUCUACCCCAAGGCUCCAAUUGAAGGUUUUUGGAAUGUCAAAUAGUCAAUCAAAAGGAUUCAAAGUGACUUCUAUUGGCUUUCUCAAUCAUCAAUAUGACCUGAGAAUCAUGGAUCUCUCCACCAAUGACAUUCCGGGUCCCUUUCCAAGUUGGUUGUUGGAAAACAACACUAGGUUGAAAUAUCUUUUUAUGAGAGAUAACUCGUUCACGACACUUGAGCUUCCAUCGGUGAACCUUUUUGAUCUUUUGCUGAUGGACAUAUCCAACAAUGGCAUGGGAGGAGAGCUCACUACCAAAUUUUGGGCAAAUGUCCCAAAUUUGUUGUACCUUAAUCUAUCAACCAACGGAUUGGAAGGGAGUAUUCCACAUGAACUGGGUAGUAUAAAAUCCUUAACUAUCUUAGACCUCUCUAGCAACAAUUUCUCGGGAGGACCACCUAUCCAGUUACUAGAUAGUAACUUAUCAUUGUAUACCCUCAACGUAGCAUAUAACAACUUGCAAGGAGAAUUUGUAUUUUCCGCCAACACCAUGAACCCAAAUCUGUCAUAUCUACGGUUAGACCACAACAUGUUCACUGGAAAUCUCUCUUUUCUUUCAUCACACAUAAAUUUGUGGUUAUUGGACAUUAGCAACAACAAUUUCAUCGGCAAGAUUCCCAAAUUGAUUGCCAAUUGGUCAUCGCUUACGGCCCUUGACUUGUCCAAAAAUCAAUUGGAUGGCCUCGUCCCUCAAGAACUCUGCAAUCUUGGUGAGCUCGAGUAUUUGGAUUUGUCCGACAACAAUCUCUAUGGUCCAUUACCAUCAUUUUUUAUCGCACAACAAAUGAGUCACAUCCAUCUAAAUAGGAACAAAUUGAAUGGCACACUUGUGCAUGUGCUCUCUAACAGCUCGCAUCUGGUGACCUUGGAUUUGAGUGAAAAUGAAUUCUCUGGAAGCAUACCCCAUUGGCUAGGUAACCUCUCUCAACUAAGCAUUCUUUCGCUGAGAGGUAAUAGCUUCGAUGGAACAUUUCCCAAGCAAUUGUGCAACUUGAAAAGCUUAAGUAUGAUCGAUCUUUCUGAAAACAAUCUGUUUGGUCUGUUACCUAGUUGCUUGGGACCAAUCAAUUUCUCUAGUGAAUACGCCAAUAAGGUAACUUCAACACCGGGUAUGUUCAUGAGUGACGGAGAAUGGUCACCUUGGUAUUAUGUGAGGCCAGUCCAUACGGCGUUCUACCAAUAUGACCUGGAAGGAGAACCACUUCCAGCACAUACCGUUGGUAUCAUAACAAAAAAAAGGUUUGACUCUUAUAAAGGCUACGCACUCCUUGAAAUGGUAGGACUAGAUUUUUCUUGCAACCAGUUCAGCGGGGAGAUCCCACCAGGGAUUGCAAUCUUACAGGACAUGCUUGUCCUAAACUUGUCCAAUAACAAGCUUACUGGACAUAUACCGACGUCAUUGUUGAGCCUCACAAAGAUAGAGAGCAUCGACCUUUCUUACAACAACUUGAUUGGUUCUAUCCCUGAAGAGCUUACUCAAUUGAAUUUCCUAGAAGUCUUUAAUGUGUCUUACAACGACUUGUCAGGAGCCAUACCGAACACAAAUCAGUUUGGAGCAUUUGAUGAAAGCAGUUACUACGGAAACAAUCUUCUGUGUGGAUUGCCAUUAAGUAAUAACUGCUCGACAACCAUUAAUGUUAAUUGCUCAACAACAAAAUCAUGCACGAAAGCUAAAGAAGGUGGUUUCAUAGAUGGAGAGACAUUCUACAUCAGCUCCGGAGUGUCAUACAUCACAGUUUUACUAGUACUUCCGGUUGUUCUGUUCAUCAACCCCCAAUGGCGGCAGGGAUGGUUUCACUAUGUGGAACUAGUUAUCACCACAUGUGAGAGCUUGUUCAUCACAUGCUACUAUUUUGUGCAGGACGGUUUCCGAAAAUUGUCCAAUUGCUGAAGAAUUAUAGGUUCUCAAAUUCAAAUUCUGCAUUCUCGGGUAAUGAUAGGAUUGAGUUUUUUCCUGUCAUUUGUUGGUGUCAUUGAUCAACAUUGGCCUCAUUGUGGAUCUACUAGGUCAAUGUAAGUUUUUACCUUCGUAUUUGAA